AUGACCAUGAUGUCCCAUAUAUUCGAGUAUUUCUCCGCACCGGCGUACUACACUGCCUCGCCGGCUGUAUUGUCAACUUACGCGGCCAACAUACCCACCGCUCUCGUCAUCGACUCGGGCUACGCGGGAACCGCAACUUUACCAGUCUACGACCACGCGCCUAUCCGGUACCAUGCCCGUCGGCAUGACGUUGCGGGACAGGCGAUAGACGACUGGCUACAGCAAGCUCUCACGAAUGAAGUCGGUCUCGAGCUUCCGUCAAACGGGGCUUGGGACGACGUUCUCUGGCUGGCCAAGACUGAACGAUGCCGCGUCGCGAAGGACUUUGAGGAGGGCGUCAUGCGGUGGAAGAAGAUGGUGGAUGCCGGAGGGGAAGAAGAGGUUUGGGAUCUGCCUGAUGGGAUGAAAGUCAAGCCUGACACCCCGCUAGGUUUGCGUGCGGGUGAGGUGUCUUUCAACCCUUCCAUGUUGGGGCUUGAUGUUGGUGGGCUGCAGCAUGAUGCCUUUGGUGUUAUCAUGAAGUGCGACCAGGGUCUUCGGGACAGACUCUCCGUGUUAUUGACGAUGGUGUAG